UUUAUUUUUUUUCCCCUCAUUCUACAACCACCACUAGAGCCACACAAUUUUUUCUUUUUUUUUUUUGUGUGUGUGUGAAAAACCAACAUGGACACUAAGCCGGCGUCCACUACUCCUCACUUGACCACCACUCCUUUGGGGGUGGCGACCGCUCCUCUCGGCGGAAGUACUACUCCUUUCUCCACGUCUACUCCUCAGGUGGCGACGGGAACGGGGACACUGACAGGGUUUGGUACACCUCAGAAGAUCUUGGGUGGUACUACUACAGGGGACCAAACAUUGGCUGCUCGUUUCUUUGGAACAUCUGAUGGGCGAUCGGCUCGUUCCACUGGGGACAUCCGGUCACCAGCGCGUGUGCUCGGAGAUGGCCGCUCAAGUCGCGUGCAGUCUGACGACACCGAGCUGAGCAAGAGAAUUCUAGAAACUCAUGAAUCGGAUGACCGUGGUCUUCCAGUGAAGCCUGUUCUUCACAUCAUUGAUGUCAUCUUUCACCGUGCAAUAGCUGAUCUCCCUGGAUACAAUGAAACGGAUAGUCUAAUUACUGCGGAUGAGAAGGUCAUGUAUUCCGCAGCUAGCCUCCAAGACUCUGUUGAAAUUCCAUCCAGGAUUAUCAGUGCAAUUUCCUGUGAGAUAUUCAGCAAGUGCUCGGCCGGAGUGGAUGUGCACACAAUAGUGAUGGACAUAUUGCGUUUGAUCAAACACUACAGCUGGGAAUCAAAGGCGGUGUUGGCCUUGGUUGCAUUUGCAGUGACCUUUGGUGAGUUUCGGGUUGUACUUCAGCUUUACUCGACCAGCCCACUCGCGAAGGCCAUCGGUCUCCUUAAGCAACUGCCGGAGGUAUUGGAGCAUGCCGCGGAUCUGAAACCAAAACUCGACGCUCUCUACACCCUCAUCAAGGAAAUCAUUGACGUGACAAAGAAAAUUGUGGAGUUUUAUGACCUUCCCAGAGACUAUUUCACCUCUGAAUCUCCUGAAAUUUUGGCUGCCGUUAAUCAUAUCCCCACUGCUGUUUAUUGGAGCAUCCGAAGCAUAGUGGUUUCCGCCACACAAAUCUUGUCCCUCACUGGCAUGGGUAUCGAGUACUUAACGGAGACAUGGGAGCUGUCAUCUUUGGCCUAUAAGCUCAACAACAUUAAAGGCCAUCUUGUGGACAUCAUCGAACGCUGUUAUAAAUUCAUUGAGAAAAAGAAGGAUGAUGAAGCAUAUGAGAUUGUUGUGCGCACUUUUACAACAACACACAUUGAUAACUCAAGGCCUCUAAGGGUUUUGUUCAAGGAAGAUCCGCAACCAUUCUACGAUUGCUACAACAAGAGAAGGAUUACGAUUGAAGACGUGAGGAGGAAGGUUGUAGUCCUAUUCAUCACGGAAAUAGACCCUGAGCUGACACACACACCAGAAUAUGGAAUCCUACAGCAAAUGUACCUUGAGAAAAGGCAGAGCUUGACGAGGUCGGAGGGUCAAUACGAGGUAAUCUGGGUCCCAGUCACAGAUAUCUGGACCGAGGACAAGUAUAGGUGGUUUGAGACCCUAAGGAACCAGAUGGAAUGGUAUUCGGUGCACCAUCCUUCGGUGGUGUCUCCGGUGGUCCUUAGGUUCUUCAGAGAGAAGUGGAACUUCUCCAAAAAGCCUAUGGUUGUAGUGAUGGACACUCAAGGAAGAAUUGUGCAUAACAAUGCGAUCCACAUGAUGUGCAUUUGGGGAGGCCACUCGUACCCUUUCACCACCAUCAGGGAGAAAUUGCUUUGGGAGGAAAUGAGCUGGACCAUUGACCUUUUGGCCGACAACCUAGAACCAACUAUGGCUACAUGGAUUAAUGAAGGGAGAUAUAUUUGCUUAUAUGGAGGGGACGACAUUGAGUGGAUCCGAAAAUUCACAAGGAUUGCAAAAGAUGUUGCGCGGGAAUCUGGGAUUACUCUGGAGUUGCUCUACGUUGGGAAGAACAAAUCUAAGGAGAGGAACACCAAGAACAUUAUCGACCACAUCGUCACAGAGACUCUGAGUAGAACCCUAGACUGGAACCUCAUUUGGUACUUUUGGGUUCGCUUGGAAAACAUGUGGAACUCCAAAGGACAGUUUACCAAUCCCGAGAACGUGAAGGACGACCUCAUAAUGCGAGGCAUCAUCGCCAUGCUGAGCUACGGCUCAAGCAGCCAAGGAUUUGCGGUGUUCAGUCGGGGAUUUGGCGAGAUGGUGAAGGGCAACGGGGAGCACGUGUCCAAGGCCUUGGCCGAGCACGGCCGGUGGAGGAUGAGGGAGACUGAAAUCGGUUUCUUGCCAGCUUUGGACGAGUAUCUCCGCAAGAUCAACCUCGAUGCACCGCAUCACUGCACCAGCCUCAUCUUGCCGGCCACCGGAGCCAUGCCUUUCACCGUUGCAUGCGCUGAGUGUGGCCGCUUGAUGGAAAGGUUCACUAUGUUCCGUUGCAGCCUCGAUUGA